CGCUCACUGUAAACAACGCAAUAUGGCGCGUUCCUACUGACUGGGUUACGAAAAUCGUAGAUCUAGUCAACUCAGCAAAACAUAGAUAGAUCUAAGACAUGGAUAUUAGAAAAUUUUUCGGCCCACAGUCAGGCUCCAAAAAGCCGGCAGCUCCCCCAUCAAGUAAGGAGAAGCCGAAGGCAGAAAGUAAAAGCAAGGCCAGCACUAGGACUGAAAACAAGAAACAUUUGUCUCCAAAGAAAGAAAAAAACCAAAAGGUCAAAUCAAAGGUGACAAAGGAUGUCUCUGAGGAAGCUCCUGUUGUUAUUGACGAUGAGUCUGAUGUGGAGGAAGUGAUAGAAGAUUCUCAGAAAACAUCUAAAAGAAACAAAGAUCUGAAACCCACCAAGGGUGGGACUGAUACAUCGAAAGUGUCGGAAAAAGACAAAAAAGGAAAAGAGACGGGGAAUGCCAAAAAAGGGAAAGAAACGGGGAAUACCAAAAAAGCGAAAAAAGAGAGUUCAGUUACCAAGCUGUCUGCUGAGGAUAGCGAUUUUGAGAUUGAAAGUGUGAAUUCUGAAAGCUCCAAAGAUGACGCGAGGUCUUCUAGAAAGUCAAAAGAAAAGAGAGAAAGUGCCGCAGGGAAAGGAAAUUCCAAGCAGAAAGAAACAUCCAGUGAGAAGAAAAAGCCUGAACGCACAAGUCCUCGAAAAAAGAAUUCUAUUGUACAGGAGGAGAAGGAAAAGGCUUCAAAGUCUCGCAAACGGAAAAAGAUAUCCAGUGAUGAAGAGAGCGAGCCUGAAGUGGUGCAAGUGGUAAAGGAAAGUGAUGUGGAGAGUGAGGAAGAGGAAGAGGUCAUUUCCAGCCGCAGGAGGAGAGCCACCAAGGGCAAAAAAGGGGCAAAGAAAUCAACUCGACUUCUUGAUUCAGAUUCAGAUGGAGAAGACCCUUUGCCCAAGGAAAAACCCAAAGGAAAGAGGAAGAAAAAAGAUGCUGUUGUUUUCGUGGAUGAAUCUGAUGAAGAAAAGCCAAAGACAGCCUUGGACAAGUUUGUCAUUCACAAUGCGACGCCGCAGGAAGACAAGAGUGGGAAGAAAGAGGCGAAGAAGGAAACCAAAGGAACGCCCGUCAGUGCGGCAGAUUUCUUCGGCUCUGGAGCGGCGUCACGCAGUGAUCGGACGACAGUGGCGGCAAAACGAAAACUUGAGGAAGAGAAAAAGGAGCCCGUCACGUUUGACGAAGAAAUGCACGAUGACGAGGAGUUCUUGAGAACUUUGGAUCAGCUGGAUGGACCCGAUGCUAAGAAGGUCAAACCGAAUGGUGUGGAAGAAGAACCAGCUGCUGAGGAAGAGAAAAAGCCACAAGGAUCAAUUGCCAGUAAACUGUCGGGCAAAAUGAAGGCUUUGAAGGAGAGUUCUGCGAACAAAGCUGUGGAUAAUGACGUAAAACAAGGGGUCAAAUCGCCGUCCAAGUCUCCAGUCAAGCAAGAGACUCCGAAGAAGAAUUCGUCUCCUGCAGUGAAGAAGGGAAAAGUGUAUUCCAUGGAGGUCACGCGGGUCAAGCCUCCCACCGUGGUCGUCUCCCCUGGCAAGGCCAAGGCAAAAGAAGACACCACUCCCCCUAAGAAGGGGGCCGGCGUUGCCAAAAAGGAGGGCGGUGGCGCUGCCUCGACGGGAAAACAAACGCCCAAGGCAGAUGAUGAUGAUGGUUUUGGACCCAAGGCCAUUGCGGGUUUCCGAGCGUUCAAGAACAGAGGAGGUCCCCUCUCGUUGGGGUCCAAAGAUAUUCCAGAGGGUGCGGAGAACUGCCUGGAGGGUCUCACGUUCGUUAUCACGGGAAUCCUGGACUCGAUCGAGCGCGACGACGCCAAGUCGCUGGUGGAGCGCUACGGCGGGAAGGUCACGGGGAACAUCAGCAACAAGACGAGCUAUGUGAUCGUCGGGCGUGAGCCAGGGGAGAGCAAGCUGUCGAAGGCGAGAGAUCUGAAAAAGACGCAGCUGGACGAGGACGGGUUGUUUGAUCUGAUCCGCACGUUGCCAGAGAAGAAGUCGAAGUACGAAAUACAAGCCAGUGAACAAUUGAAGAAGGAAGCAUCCUUGAAGAAAGAAGCAUCCAAAAGUGUGUCUGCUGCAAAGAAACUGGCGUCGUUCAAAUCAGAAAAACCGAAGAGGGAGGCCUCCUCAUCUCCGGAAAAACGUUCCCUCUUCACCCAGAUCAAGAACGCGGAUGAGCACAAACCCACAACCGUGGCCGCGUCUCCCAACACGUCAGCCAAAUUGUUGAGCCAGUCGCAGUCGCCCUCCCAGAAGUCCCCAGCGGGGGGGAAAGGUGACGGAGAGGGAGGUGGUCAGCCAGAGAGUCUGCUGUGGGUGGACAAACACAAGCCGUCGAGCCUCAAACAGAUCAUUGGUCAGCAGGGGGACAAGAGCAACGCUCGCAAACUCUUGUCCUGGCUCAAGAACUGGCACCAGAACAUCAUCGUCAAGGGACUCAAACCCACAGGCAACUUCUUCGGUCGCGGCGACGGCACAGGAUGCAGGGCCGCCCUCCUCUCUGGGCCGCCGGGGAUCGGCAAAACUACCACAGCCACACUGGUCUGCAAGGAGCUGGGGUUUUCAUUUGUGGAACUGAACGCGUCGGACACACGCAGCAAGAGAAGUCUGAAGGAGGUGGUGGCUGAGUCCCUGAAUAACCAGACCCUUGUCGAUUAUAUGGGUGCUGACCGCUCCGGCAGUCCCAGUGGACAGUCCCACUGUCUGAUCAUGGACGAGGUGGACGGCAUGGCUGGGAAUGAGGACAGAGGAGGCUUGCAGGAAUUGGUGCAGCUCAUCAAAGGCUCGAAGAUCCCAAUCGUCUGUAUUUGCAAUGAUCGCAACUCGAUGAAGAUGCGAACGCUGUCCAAUUACUGCCUAGACCUUCGGUUCCAGCGGCCGCGGGUGGAGCAGAUCAAAGGUGCCAUGAUGUCUAUAGCCUUCAAGGAAGGGAUAAAGAUUCCUCCGCCUGCGUUACAGGAAAUUAUUCAAGCUUCCAACCACGACAUACGACAGGUCAUCCACAACUUGUCAGUGUGGAGCGCUGUGGACAAGAACUUGACGUUUGACCAGGUCAAACAAGAUGCGAAGAAAGCUCAGAAAGACAUGAAGUUGGGUCCCUUUGACGUUUGCCGGAAGGUUUUCGUGAGCGAUGACGAGACUCGCAGGAUGUCGAUCCACGACAAGUCGGACCUGUUCUUCAACGACUACAGCUUUGGGCCGCUGUUUGUGCACGAGAACUACCCCAACGUCAUACCUCAGGCCUCAAAGGGCAAUCAAGCCCGCCAUAUGUCUUGCCUGGCGCGGACAAUCGACAGUCUUUGUGACGGGGAUCUCAUUGACAAGUUGAUCAGAAAAGGCGGAAACUGGGGAAUGCUUCCUGUGCAGGCCAUGUACUCGAGUGUGAUCCCAGGGGAGGUAAUGCGUGGCAGCUUCCCCCAGAUGACGGCGUUCCCGCAGUGGCUGGGCAAGAACUCCAGCACGGGGAAGUGUGAGCGCAUCCUGCAGGAGCUCUCCUCUCACAUGAGGCUGGAAAUAUCGUGCGACAAGCGUGGUCUCAACCUGGACUACCUCCCGGCAUUGAGGACCAAAAUGACGGGUCCGUUGAUGUCCAGCGGGUCGGAGGGCGUCCCAGAGGUCAUCAAGGUCAUGGAUGAGUACGACAUUGUCAAGGAAGACUUUGACAACGUGCUGGAGGUCACCAAAUGGCCGGGUGGCCUUGACCCUAUGGCAAAGCUGGACACAAAGACGAAGGCGGCCUUCACCCGCCAGUACAACAAACAGAUCCACAUGACACCCUACGCCACCGGGGUGCUCAGCAAGAAGAGGAAGGGCCGGGGAGCUCCGAUGGACGAGGCGGACUUUGCCACAGAGGAAGGAGAAGGCGAGGCGCCCGUGGAGAGUGAGGAGGAGGAAGAGGAGGGGCUGGAUGCCGACACAAUGAUCAAGCAGGCGAAGAAACCAGCGGCAGCCAGCAAAGGGAAAGGAGGUCAAGCAAAGGGCAAGGGGCGGGGCAAAAAAUGAUAGGGCUUAGUUCUUUUGUAAAUAAUGUAGGUAUUCUUUGUUUGGCAUGGAAGUAGAGCUUGCAUUUUUGUGUGUGCGAGUCUGUAAUUAGCAGGAUCAUGAUUGUAUAUAAUAGAUGUUGUGUGAGUGUGAGGGAGAGAGAGA